GGCGUGUGUACCUACAACCGGUGCGGGAGACAAGGGCAACCUUGGCCUUAGAAGUUUAUAUAACGAGGAAGCGCGAGGAUCGCGAGCUCAGUCGCGUCGUUUCAUUUCGAUCCAUCGAUUCGUCACCUGGCCGAGCUUCAUCGUGACAGGCAGCCACGCUUCGCCGAUCCGUAACAACGUUGACUCUUUCCGUUUCAAUUCUCACUUCUAGUUCUAAUCACUCGUUCAUUAAUUCAAUUACAAUCAUGGAACAGUGAUCCAUUGGUAAAAAACUCGAGCCUCCAAUUAGCUUCAAUUGAAGUCUUAAUCGUAGUCGUUUCACCAUCGAUAUUCAUGUACGCUCUGCUACGCUACCUGGAAAAUAAGAUCAGCGAUUGUCAGAAAUCGGAAUUUAUCAAUGGCUCCAUCAGGUAUAUCGUGAAUUUCCAAUGUUGAUCGAGCAGGAUGAGAUCAGCUGACCAGUGAGGUGUGCGUUGGAUCAAGGUACAGACAAUUGGAAAGAUAACACGCGUACAGAGUAGCAGUUAAAAGUGAAAUCGUUUAGAAGAGAUUGGGACGGUGGAGCGCGAUUGAAUCGUUUGAACGUGAUCAUGGUGAGUGGUGGCAAGUGGCGCUUCCGGUGUAUGUAUGGCGAAAUAAAAAUGCGCUUCCCUGGAAAAUGUGACGCCGCGCUUCCUCCUCUCGAACGUUGUUAACUAUCAUGCUGAAAUAAAUUCGACAACGCGAAGCUUCAAAAUUCAAACGUUCAAUAGUUCCAAACUCACCAAACGUAACGAAUGAACCUUCUUUAAGGAUCGAACAUUGUUGUUCCCCGAGAGAGCUAUUUUCUAGUGUCCGAAUCUCGCUCGCUGCACUGCUAUUUCUGGAGAACGGCAUUGAGGAGGCCAGAUCGCAGAAAAUAUAUGCUCAGGUGACGCGGCAAGCCUAGAAUCGGAAAAAGGCAAUGCAUCUGCUGAUUUUACUCUGGGCGUUGGUCGCCCUAAUUGGCCAAGUGAAGUGCAAAUGCAGCCUAGCGCCGAUUCUGAAUGACGAACGGUCGACCGCCUACGUUUGCACUCACGGCGACCUGAAUGAUCUCGACGAGAUAUCCAGCGACGCGGAUUGGAUAGAGUUCACGGUGUCCCGGUUCAACCUUAUCCCAGACAACGCGUUCUGGCGUUUCAGAAACCUACGGAGACUCUCCUUUUACAACUGUCACGUCAAUUUCAUCAGUUCGGACGCUUUCGCGGGCCUGGGUAGCCUGGAGUGGCUCAUAUUCCAUGGUACCAAGAUUCACGUAGCAAGGGCCGUCUGGUUUCGUCCUCUGACAAACUUGCGGAGACUCAUUUUGGACAGAUGCGGCCUGGUACACGUCGAGCCCGAUCUGUUCCGCAUGCUGCCCAACCUGCAAGUACUGGGCCUGCGCGACAACGAUCUCAAUUGCCUGCCGAUCGACGAACUGCCCUACUUAAGGGCGCUAAGGACCGUGCGAGUCGACGGGAAUCCCUGGCUCUGCGAGUGCCGGCGAAGACUCGAUCAAUACCUUCGCUCCCGCUCUAUCGUCCAGGAAGUCGAAUGUCUGCGGCAAAUCAGCGUCUGCAAGAAGUAUCAAUGUAUGACUCCCAUUGGCUUUCCCGUUCUCCCUUCUGCUCUCACUACUCAACGAUUGCACGACUUUGACAGAGAACGCACGCUCAUUCGCGGAAACGAAUUUCAAACGAACGUGUUCAACUCCCUGGACAGACUGCCAGACAAAACAUCCUGGAUCGAGGUCUCCGGCUUGAGGAUAGACACGUUGCCGAGAUACGCAUUCUUCAGGUUUGGCAACAGUCUAAGGACGCUGGAGCUGAUCGACUGUGGAAUCACCGUGAUCGAGAACGGGGCGUUCGCGGGUUUGCACAAGCUGGAGCGGCUCUCUUUGGUCGGCAAUCGGUUGCCAGUCGUCGGUGCCAAUUGGUUUCGAGAUCUCGUCAGCCUUCAGCAGUUAAUCUUGGAGAGAAAUGGCAUGGAGCAGAUCGAGAGAACAGCGUUGUGGCACGUCGGUGACUCCCUGCGACACCUCGACGUCCAGUAUAAUCUGUUCCGAUGCAUACCCGUCGAGGAACUGGCCGAUCUUAAAAAGUUGGAGAGGUUAGACGCGAUGGGCAACCCGUGGUUCUGCACCUGCAGGGCGAAUCUUCAAAAUUUUCUCACCCAGAGGAACGUUGGAUUCGAAAUUAAUGCGGGCCGGUGUUACGCGAACGAGAACGAGAUUUCAAACGGCAGCACCGAUUGGCGCCAGCAACAGACCAUCGUCCAAAAUGCUUCGCUCACGACUGGAAGAGUGCAUUGGACUUCUUUCGAGGACAGCCUUAAGCAAACGAACGUCUCCACUCUAAUCGGACCGCCACCGCCACCACCGCCGCCGGAAAUUCAUGUUGUCUCGUCGCCACCUCCUGUUUACACGGGUACCUGUUACCACGAGAAACCCGAAAAAGACUCGAUCUACGUUUGUCGAGCCAUCACGUCGAUCGAGGAGUUAGGCUUGGUACCUUCGACGGCGCGCGAGAUUCGAAUUAUCUUGUCGAACAUCAAGAAGAUCCCAGCGAACACUUUCGCGCGUUUCGACGGUUACUUAUCGAGGCUGGAGUUCCGGGACUGUGGCAUCGAGAGGAUCGAACCGCGCGCUUUCUUAAACCUUCGUAACUUGGAAUACUUAUCGCUUCGUAGCAAUCAACUGGAGUCCAUUAGUUCAGAAAUGGUCUACGGUCUUCAUAACCUACGGCACUUGGAUCUGUCUCAUAACAACAUACACAGAAUUACGAACGACGUGUUCGAUCAUCUACCGUACCUUACCAAUUUAGACGUGUCCGACAACGCCAUGAACUGCAUUGGGAUAGAGUACAUAGCCCGUCGACUGCAUUACCUGUCGUUUCUCGAUGUUUCUAACAAUCCGUGGAGCUGCCUCUGUGGAUCGAAGUUGGCUGAAUUUCUGGACUCGCGAAAUAUGAAAUACGACAAAGGUUCACUCCUCCUGAAGGAGGAUUGUUACGCCUCCGCGGGAAGCCCAGAGGUCACUACCAGUCCACCAGUUCCGGUGACAACUGGCGCCACGCUGAGGAACGAGACUGUAGAAGGGACCUGCACUAUCGACGAAGAUACAGCAGAGCGCCGUUAUCGAUGCACCGAUGGUAAUCUGUUGUUGUUAGAGUCGAUAACGUCGGAAGCAACCGCCAUCGAAUUCAACGAAGGCCAUCUACCGAGGCUAUCACCAGGAUUUCUGGCGAAAUUUGCAAACUUGCGAGAACUCGUAAUAAGAAAUUCUGGACUAACUACUGUAGAAGACGGUGCGUUUAACAAUUUGAAGAAACUGGAGAAUCUGACGAUACAGGAUAAUCCUCUGGAAAUGAUCGGAUCCUCCUGGUUCGUUUUGCCCAACUUGGACCGAUUAGAUCUCCGCGGCAACUCCAUCAAGCACAUCGAGCCCGGAUCGUUCCGAUAUCUGAAUCGACUCACUUAUUUGAACCUCGAGGGUAACGAUCUGAGGUGCAUAUUCACGAGCGACCUGAACGAGAUGUCCAACGUGUAUAUCGUCGAAUUCUCCGGAAACCCUCUGAAGUGGAGAUGUAGAGUCGAGCUGGAGCAAUUUCUAGAGGCUCGGAAAAUCCGGUUCAUAAAAAUCGAGAACUCCUGCGAGGGUAAAAAAUUGGUGAGGAAUCUCCUAUUGCAGAAUAAAACGGAUGGCUCGUUCGAUUGCCCAUCGGAGUGUUCGGUAGCCUCCACCGGGCAAAAUUACUUCGUUUUGUUCAUACUGUCAUCGCUGAUAAUAUUAGUUCACUAAGUGGUGGUUACAUUUGAUACUUAAUAUUUAACUAUGGUACGACACAUGUGUUCAUUCGUUGCAAAAUGCAUUUUGCACACCUGCUCGAGUAAUUGAUGGAGAAUCAAAUACACGUUAGAAUCACUUUUCCUUAGCUUGAGUUUGCCUUAUGGCACAUCCAUUUCUUUGGUCGUACAAUGGUGUUCGAGGAAUGGUGUAUCAAAAUACACUUAUGUUAGUUUUAGAAUGCGAGGUAACUAAUGAGGUAAUUAACAGGAUUAAUUAGCAUUGAUUCGAGUCGAACUUGCGUCAGAUUUAAUUAGUAUUAUUAGAAAACAAUUGAUGGAUAGAAGCAAGUUCGCAAAUUCUAGCAAAAGAUCAGAUGGUGAUUUACUUGGUGAAAGUCAAAGUUCAAGCGUGUACAUAAGUUUUCAAUGACUCUCACGCUUCAAAAUUAGCAUUUUUGGAUCGUACUUGUCAAAAAUUGUCACACGUUGUAAAAAAAUGUCCCCGAAAUAUUAAUUUUUCUUCGACAAAAGGAAUACUUAUGUUGAAAGAGCGUGACGAAAUUCUGUAACCCAGUGCUUAAUAUAAUGCACAAGGAGACUAACAUAUUUUUUGGAGGGGAAAGGGAUGAUAGCUGCCAAGAUGGACCAUCAAACAUCGAGGAUAUAUUCCAUAAUACAAAUGUGUAUAUUUUUUAAACAUAUGAUCUAAGUAUCUAUUUAUUAGCCUUGCGUGCCAUAUUGUAAUUUACGAAUGAAUAUAUUCUUGUAAACAGUUAGGUUUAAUAGAGUAGAGUGAUAAAUAUUUAGGUUUAAUUGAAUUAAAGCUAAAUAUCUAUUGCGUUAAGUAACUUGAGAAGGAAAAAUGAAUGAAAGCAGCUAUACAAGAAAGGUUUCGAUCGGUGGAGAAUUAAUAGAUGUAUGCUUGAAUAGUUGCAACCAGCGACUGCACAAAUAAAUAAUUUAUUGUAAGCAAA